GUGCGGCCGGCCGGCCCGGGCCGCGCGUUGUUGCUGCUGCCGCUGAACCAGGGGUUUACGUUUAGCGGGAUCUGUCGUGUGACGUGCCUCUACGGCCAGGUGCAGGUGUUAGGUUAUACCAUCGGCCAAGGCCACCCUGCCCAAGAGGUCUUCUCCACCUACACGCACUCCCGCCUUACUAUCAGCGCGGUUCAUUAUUCCAUCCCUGAGAAAAGCAAGAAGGAGAUGAAGAGGGAAGCCCAAGCUUUGCUCAGACCUCACCUUAACCAGGAUGACAGGUGCUCGUUGAUGAAGAAUUUCUCUCCUCUGUGUUCCAUUGUGCUGCUGGAACAGCUGAAGACCUCCACCGUCAACUUCUUAGUCAGCCACCCGGGUCUGUCCUACAUCUUCGUGCAGGAGACCCCAACCUUCCAGGUUAACUCUGAACGGCGAGCCCUGAAGUCUGUGGGCAUUAAAAGAGAGAGGAAGAAGAACGGCCUCUGUUUCACCGAGAGCACCCUGUCCGCCAUAGAAGAGCUCGUCACCGUGUCCUGUGAAGAAGUAGACGGCUGCCCUGUCAUUCUGGUCUGCGGCGGUCAGGACGUUGGAAAGUCGACGUUUAAUAGAUUCCUGAUGAACCAGUUGUUAAAUAGUAUUUCCUGCGUUGACUAUUUGGAAUGUGAUCUGGGACAGACAGAAUUUACGCCUCCGGGUUGCAUUUCUUUACUUAAUAUUACAGAACCAGUUCUAGGACCACCUUUCACCCACCAGAGGACACCACAGAAAAUGGUGUAUUAUGGGAGACCUUCCUGUAAGAACAACUACGAGAGUUACAUCGAGAUCAUAAAGUACGUGUUCAGCUCCUACAAGAGAGAGGCCCCUCUCCUCGUCAACACGAUGGGCUGGGUGUCCGACAAGGGGCUCCUGCUGCUCAUCGAUCUCAUCCGGCUGCUGUCUCCCAGCCACGUGGUCCAGUUCAGCUCCGGGCGGAGCAAGUACAUGCCGAACCUCACCCCCGACUACGUGGACAGCAUGGACGGCCUGUACACCAAGAGCAAGUCCAGGGCCCGGAACCGAGGUUUCCAGCUGGCAGAGUUCACAGAGAGCUUGGAAUUUGCUGACGAAGAGAAGGAGAGUCCGGUCCUGUUCACUGGACAUAAACUGAUUUGCGUCCAUUCGGACUUCGCAUUUAGGAAAACUCCACGAAACAGAGAGUCGCAUAACAAGGUUUUUCGUGACCUGGCGGUGCUGGGUUACCUCAGCCAGCUGCAGCCCCCGGUGCCAAAACCGCUCUAUCCCUUACAUGGUCUGACACCCUACCAGGUCCCUUUCAAUGCAGUCGCUCUCCGGAUCACGCACGCCGAUGUCGCUCCUACCCACAUACUGUACGCCGUGAACGCCAGCUGGGUUGGUCUUUGCAAGAUCCUAGAUGACGUCAGAGGAUACGCCAAGGGGCCGGUCCUGCUCGCCCAGACUCCGAUCUGCGAUUGCUUGGGAUUUGGAAUCUGCAGAGGCAUCGACAUGGAGAAGAGGCUGUACCACGUCCUCACGCCGGUGCCCCCGGAGGAGCUGCGGGACGUGAACUGUCUGCUGGUCGGAGCCGUCUCCGUCCCCCAGUGUGUCUUCAGGAGCCAGUGUGGGCUUGAAGGCACAAUGCCUUACAUCACAACAGACUAUAAUUUUAAACUUCCUGGAGCAUCAGAGAGAGUUGGAGCAAGAGAAUCGGUGGAGGAAACACGCAUAGAGAAAGUGCACCCAAAACCUAGGCACCAUCGAAAAAUAUACUGACACCGACGUUGUUAACAGGGGAAGGAGCUUUGCUGCCAGAAACUCCUCUCCGUCGACGGACUGACGGCCGUGGCGGGAACUGUGCGGCUGCGCAGCGGGCAGCGCCCCCGGGCGCCUCGUGGGUCUGUUAAGGGGUUAAAGCCACAGUAAAACGUGUGUACAUCAUUAGAUCAGAAAGAACACAGUUGAUUCCUCAAAAAACUCUUCAACGUCCUGGUUUUUGGAAUCUGAAUAAAAAUCGGGAAACCGGGGCCACAGAACUCUACCAAAGAGGAAGGCAGGCCAGCUGGUGGGGCCGCCAGCUCAGCGGGAUGUGGGGGCUCCCCUGGCCCUCGGGCCACGCCGCAGACGGGGCCGGGAGGGCGGGCGGCGGGGUCCGCCUGCGGCUGGGCCGGGCCGUCCUCACGCCGUCAUUUGAUGCUGUCCGCCUUCUCUUCCAUUCCCUCGGCCGGUGUGUCCCGUGUCACAAGAUCAUGUUUAGUCUGUUCAGUUUAAUCAAGGUUAAUAGAUUAAAGAUUUGGACUCAGAAAAACCCUUCGUAUUUUGGGGGGUUUUUUGAUUGUUUUCAUCGGAUGACUUGAAGCUGAAAAAGUUGCCCUCAAUCCAGGAAACCUUUCCCGUGGCCUCUUUAGAGCUCUGUCCUCGUUGACCUCUCAUCUGAGAGUGAAGACACCCUGUGCGCAGAGCUGCACACCAGGCAGCUUGGGGGGGGCUGGCGGUGUCUGGGGAAAGCCCCGUCUUGCCUUUGACAGCUGGACCUGAACUUGUCCGUGCGGACGGACGACUCUGCCGCUGAGUUCUCCAAGGGGGCGGGUUCUGAUCCUCCAGGGCUGGAAGUGGACUCGGGCGGGGUCAUUUGGCCGUGCGCUUGGAUCAGUGGGAAGCUGACGGAGGUCGCCUUUCAAACGAGUCUGUGAACCCCGGCGCUCCUGCGGGCUGUGGGGGCGGCCGCUCGCUCCACCGGGAGUGCCGGCGUCUGUGCAACGUCCCACCUCCCGGCGGCCCUCGAGUCUCGGGCCACACGCACAGGUCUCACCAGAGCGCCGCCACCCUCCAGAUUGGUUUUGACUCCCUAGACUGUUUAAGGGCUAACUUGGUUGCCUCAUUCGUGUUUAAAUUUACCUCGUGUGUGUGUUUCUGUGUCAGCCUUGCCAAGAAUUUUACACUUCUGCCGUCAUCAGCUUUUUGCCUCUUUUCCUACUUCCUGUGUCUUCACAGUGAUCCCCGUUAUAAGUCACUGGCAGCAAGUGUCCAGAGGAAGGACGGUGGUGCCCUGGCGCUUGCAUUUCUUUCAUUCCAGGCCUGCCUUUGGCCCCAUUUCCCCCCCUGCCCUUCAGGGCUGUCUGGGAGUGAUGUGCACAAGCGCUGCCACUAGAGGGAGCCGCUGCCGCCGGUCCGGUGGCCAUCUGCCUAGGACAUCCUGGAGGCUGAGGCCUGGGGACUUGGCUCUCCGGCUGGCGCGGUGGGCCUGGUCAGACUGGCAGCAGGGCCGUCUACCCCGGAGGUCAGUCCCUUUGACCGUCAGCUCAGCAGUUGGGGCUUUUUGUCGUUUUUGCAGUCUUAGGGUUCAGAGUAUGGUAGUAAGUUCUGUGCUUGAGUUCUUCUCCACAAAACUCCAUUUGCGUGUGUGUGUGAUUCCAUGCUUAUUUUAAGGAAAAGAAAUAAUAUGAAUCAGAACUUGAAACCCCUAGUUGCUCCUUUUGUGGUUCUUUAAACGAGGUUCCUCUGCAGGAAGGAUCAAUGUGAAAAUAGAUACCGAGGUUCUUGGAUCCUGGGGUUUUAUUUUGUAAGCAGAGUUCAGCUCGCAGCGGUCCUCGGUUAGGUGUGGGGGCGGGGCAUGGAACCAAGGUCUGAGAAGGGAGAGGGCUAGUUGAGCUGGCCCCUCGGGUGCCUUGAAUGUUUGUGGAAUCCGUCUGGGAGAGGCCUGCGGGGGUGGGGGGCCCUGGGCUGGACAGACGGAGCCCACCCCUCCACUGAGACCCCCUUGCGGGGAGGCUGCUUACCUCCCAGACUCGGGUUUCCGCCCAGCCAAGUGAGCACCAGAGGACACAGAAGCAGGUGGCUUCCGUUGUGCCAGACGGUGAUUUUUUUUUUGUUUUUAAUUGUCCAAUUGCUAGCUUCCUUCCUUAGGCUUCGAUGUGGCCGUUCGGUGGGUAAGGCGGCGGGCUUCAAUGUCCGAGGUCGGAGUUGGAAUCCCGAGCGGCCCCGGGCCGGCCGUGGGACUUUGCAAGAGACAUUUCACCUCAGCCUGUGUACUUCUAAGCUGGGAUGGAGGUGUCUUUGCCCUCUGGUGCCUGUGCGUGGGGGGCGGUGUAGACAGGGACCAAGAUGGUGUUCCUCACCAUCACUGGCUCGAAGAAGCUAAAUAUUUAAAUCCACAGCCGGGGACGUGGGUUCCGUGCCUUCCCCUGAGUCCCCAUUCCUAGAAGUUUUCCGUAGACCUCUACUUGACUGCUUCUCAGACUGUGUGAACACGUCUCACACGUGGAAGGUGGGGUUAGGCCCGCCGCCGUGUGGGUGAUCACUGUCUCGUCCGGAGUUUUUCUGGUGGGGUGUGUGUGUUACAGACUUGGCAUCCUGCCACGUGGUUUUCUGUGCAGCGCUUCUCUGUUGUCAUGUGAACCUCUGUAUCAUUAAAGAUUUUUGAGAACGUG